GGGAUUAGCGUGAAAGCUGAGCCCUUUCGCACGUCCAGUGACAACAAGCCCGGGCGCAGCAUGAAGCGUCCCAGCUGAUCAAAGCGGCGUCCCUAGCAACCGCCUGCUCCAACCACAGAUUAAUAGCAACCGGGUGGAUCGCCACAUCCUCUUAUGCCGCAAAACCUUGAGGUUUACGCUGCAGCUCCGAGCAUUUUUUAUUGCAUUAUUCCAUGCCCUGUCCUUUAUAUUAAAGACUGCAAACUCGAAUGGGUUUCUAAGGUGCAUCAGAGCGGCGGCGGGUGCAGGACGAUGUCUUUCUCGCCAGAUCUGCCUUUCUCCCCCGUUUCCAGCCUCUCCUUCUGCCUCAACGGACUGACGUGUCGAGAGAGCGACACCCCCAAACGCAGACUGAAGCUCUCUCCUGACGAUGGAAACCCAAGCCCCGAGGACUUGCUCGUUGCUACAGAGAACAAAACUCCUACAGGUCGAUCCCCCAUCUCACCAUGUGGACUGGAGCCAAAGAGAAGACACAACAGCCGGACUCCCACAAGGCCAAAAGCUUAUAAACCGAUGAGGCUUCUGGAUAAAAUACAGAUGAACGCAGAAGGAAAUUUAUGUCGACUGGGAAAGGAAAAUGAUCAUGACUGUGAGCAAUCAAGGCCUCCUCUCUCGUCGUCUAUAACUCACAUCGGCAGUAAACGAGGCGAACUGGAAGAUGGACUUCAAACCCCAGCACAGAAAAAACGGAAAAGCAGAUUCCUCACAAACUCGGAGCCGGAGUCGGGACGGGUUUACAAUUUCCGGCGUCUCUUCUCCUCCCAGAAGAUUGAAGUUGAAGACAUUGCAGACGCGGCUGAAAAACAAAUCAUCUGUGAUCCCCCUCAGGCCUGUCUUCUGCCAGUGGAGGAGGGCAAGCAUCAGGAUCUAAAGUACAUUGCUGCCCAAACGGUAGCUGAAUUGCUGAUGAAGAACUUUGAUCACCUUAUCGAUGAGUACGUUAUCGUGGAUUGCCGUUACCCUUAUGAAUAUAAGGGAGGACACAUUAAGGGAGCGCUGAACCUGUACACGGACGAGCAACUGGUCAACACUUUCUUCCCGACGCCGCUGUGGCCCGGGCCGGCGAGGGGGCGUUCUGUCAUCAUCUUCCACUGCGAGUUCUCCUCCCAGCGAGCCCCCAGGAUCUGUCGGAGCUUAAGACGACUGGAUCGGAAUAUAAACGUGUAUCCCAGGCUCUGCUUUCCAGAGCUUUACCUUCUGAAGGACGGCUACAAGCAUUUCUUCCAGCAAUUUGAGAUACUCUGUGAGCCUCGGGGAUACGUCCAGAUGCACCACAAGGAUCACCGGGAGGAGCUGCGCGCCGUGCGGAGGAAGGCGGGACUGUCGUCCGGACGUUGCAGGCGGAAGGAGCUCCUCACAGGGCCAAACGCACACUGAGAGUGGUAGCUCACUGAACAUAGAACAGCGCAGGAACAGGCCCUUCGGCCCACAAUACCCAUGCUGAACAUGACAUUUUGAACAACCUGUGCCCUCCAGUUCAUGAACCUUGUGAAUAUGGAACAGUACAGGAACAGGACCUUCGGCCCACGAUGUUGGUACUGAACAUGAUGCCCAGACCAACCAGUUCUCUAGUUCCUGAUUCCCCUAUUCUG